CGGAAAACUUCAGUGACGUUUCACAAAAGGUAACCAAUCGAACCUCGUCUUCUAUUAGGACAAUGAAAAGCCCCCGUCCAAUCAGAGCAGCGCUAGACUGGGCGCUGGCCAAUGGGGUGAGAGCCCCGUCGAGAGUAAUGUUAGAGAGCUGAAGACUGAAGACACUGCGUAUCGCCUGUGUUCUCUCACAUACAGCCAUUGCAGAGCAUUCAGAUCCAGCGAUAGUCCCUAGAUUCAACUGUUAAGAUGGUGAAAGUGCCAGGAAAGCCAAGGGGCAAAAUGUCCUCCUAUGCCUAUUUUGUCCAGACCUGUCGAGAGGAGCACAAGAAGAAACACCCUGAAGCUUCGGUGAACUUCUCCGAGUUCUCCAAGAAGUGCUCAGAGCGAUGGAAGACAAUGUCUGCUAAGGAGAAGGGAAAAUUUGAAGACCUGGCAAGGCAGGACAAGGUGCGUUAUGAGAGUGAGAUGAUGAACUACGUUCCAGCCAUGGGAGGCAAGAAGAAGAAGUUCAAGGACCCCAAUGCACCCAAAAGGCCCCCAUCUGCCUUUUUCAUCUUUUGUGCGGAGUACCGCCCUAAGGUGAAAGGAGAGACCCCUGGUUUAACCAUUGGAGAUGUUGCCAAGAGGCUCGGUGAGAUGUGGAACGGCACCGCUUCAGAGGACAAGCAGCCCUUUGAGAAAAAAGCAGCUAAACUGAAGGAGAAGUAUGAGAAGGACGUAGCAGCAUACCGUGCUAAGGGCAAGACCGGUUGCAGUGCUGCCGCACCUGCAGCAAAAGCCCCGGCCAAGGUAGAGAAGAAGGAGGACGACGAUGACGAUGACGACGAUGAUGAGGAGGAUGAUGACUUUGAUGAUGACGAUGACUAGUAGAUGUGGAGUGACAUGUGUAGUGGUCAUUUUUCUUGUUUAUAAAGCAUUUAACCCCCUUGUACACACUUCACUUACCGAAAGAAAUACAUUAGUAUCCAAGGGGUAGAAAAAAACAACAAAAAGGCUGUGUAUAUCAGUUGUUUUUAUGCUGUACAGUUUUUUUCUCCUUUUUGUGUAGUUGACACUACACAAGUACCGUGUCUGUAUCUUUCUGCCAGUCUUAUUUUUUUCAGUGAUAGUUCCUAGACCACUAUCCUGCCUGGUACAGUGUAAAGGGGUGGGCUUACAGUAUUUACCCUAGCUAGAGGUGCACAGCACAUAAAAAAAGUUCUCAGUUAGAUCUGGGUGUCUCUUCUUUUCCUUUUUCCUGUGUGUUUUUAUUUUUAAUGACGUUAUCAAAAUGGACGUAUCACAGUUGUUUAACUGAACUUUAUGUACCACUGUAAUAGCAACAGUAAAAAAACGGCUUGUUUAAUGUUGAAAAUUAAAUUGCUUCUGAUGUCAAUAAACAUUUUUUUUAAUAA